ACCCCAGCAGGUCGCCCUAUCGUUGACCGUGAAAAGACCGCCCCCUUCCUCAUACGCACCUUCAUCAAAAUUGGCAGCUUCCACCGCAUUACUCAGUUCGAGGACGGUCCGAUACCCACCACCGACGAACAACAGAUAUUUACCUGGAAGGAUGCAACUCUCCGCGAAUUGUUGACCACCCUGCGCGCAACCGCGCCCGCCCUGCCUGAGAUCCGCCAUCCUCUCGCCCGCUACUCCUUCCGCACGCUCUACGCCGACGGCGCCACGCGCGGCCAUCUUGCUUCUAAAGACCUCGGCAUCGUCUACUCGCGCGACAUCCUUGGCGAGCCCGGCUCGCUCACCUCAACCGCACCGCGUCUCCUCACCGACGAGGACGUCCUCCCCGGCCCAGACGAGCGCACGCUCGACGAGCUGCGCUUCGUGCCUGGCGACUACCUGUGCGUCGCG